AUGCUAAACCCACAUCCGGCGGCCGCUACUUCCGCCUCAUCACUUACGUCUUCCUCGUCCAUCUCGUCUUCCUCGUCUUCGUCGGUCGUCUCCUCCACCUCGGACGUCAACAACAGCGGCGGUACCGCAGGCUACCAUCCCCUAUCGUCAAUAUCCUCGUUUUCUGGAACACCAAAUCCACCUGUCACCGUGGCGUCCUCAACAACACCGCAGCAUCCUGGCGGCGGCGGCGGUGGCGGCGCUGCCAGCGCUUCGACCAGCGUGCCGGUCGGCUCGAGCUCCAGUGCCAACCGGAGCAGUAGCAAACGACGUGGCGCCGGCCCGACCGCGGCUGGGGUAGCAUCCUCGUCACAUGUUCUCCGGACGACCUCGGCGGUGACGGCCGUGGCGGCUUCUACGUCGGGGGCGGGAAGCGGUGGCGGCACCGGUGGAAGUAGCAGCCACAACAAUGAUAGCAAUCAACGCGCCGGUGGAAGCGGACCGCCCUCCCCGCCCAACAAUGGCGGAAGCGCAGCUGCUUCUUCGGGGAUUUUAAUAGCACCGCCGCCCCGUGUUGCUCUCGGUGCUGGAAAUCAAAGUACGUCGACCGUGCCAGACCCGCCGAGCGGAACCUCCAGUGGAGACGGCGGUACUAGAUCGGCGUCUGGUCCGGGUGGCGGCGGCAGUGGCAAUAGUGGAAACAGCGGCAGCGGAGGCGGUAGCGGGAGCGGAAGCGCAGCCGGAGGAGGAGGAAGUGGCGGCGGCGUUGGCAUGGCAUCGUCCGCCAGCAGCAGCAACAGCACCAAGGAUGCGCACUGGGUCUACACGGCCAAUCACCACAACUACCACCAGCGGCAGCACCACCACCACCACCAUGGCCACCACAGCAUAUCGUCUUUGGCUUCAUCGUCGUCGUCUGUGUCUGCAUCAGCCGCGGCAGCUUCGCUCAAUGCGGCCGCUGCGUCCGCGCAGCUUGUCAAGGAAAAGGACAUGCGCAUCGCCCAGCUGGAGCGCGAGUUGCACAUUAUGGAAUCCGAGUUCACUCGCGAGCUCGACAAGCUUAGCAAGGCCGAGUCAGAAGCCGCCACAUUUUGGCAGGCAAAGAAUAGCCGCCUGCAGCAGCAGCUUGCUCAGGCCGAUACCGAGAACCAGCUGCUACAGGCCGAAGUGGAACUACGCGAAGCCGAGCGCGCCGAGCUACGGGCCGGCUGGGAGGAAAUGCAGCGUUCCGCGGUUGCACGAGACGAGGAGGCAAGGUCGUUGCGCGAGCAAGUCCGCGGUCUCAAAGAAUGGGUCAGCACGUCUACACGUGCCGGCGGCCAGGUGGCUAGCGACGAGGUCUUUGGUGACGGUAUGGCACGUCUGGCCAACGGCGUGCAGAAUUGGGUAAUUAUGCACUUUCGGCGUGCCAAGUUGGAUACCGACAAAGCCAGUAAGAAUGCGCGUGAGAGCCUCGCACAGCUCGUGCCCAUGUAUGACGAUCUACGGCAUUCUGCCAAGCUGCACUUGCUGCAGUCUGCCGUGUCACGGGUGCUUGUUGAUUUGAUUUUCGAUGCCUACUUCGUCGGUCUUCCACCGCAGCAGGCCGCACAGCUCGAAGAGGUAGAAUCCUUUUUAAAACCCUUUGCCGGAACCGCCGAGCCGAUCAACCAGUGGCGGGCGUUGACCUUGGACAUUGUCAGCAAAGACAGUGCCCAGCAAUUGCAGGCGGAGACAACGCGCGUGAUCGACCAAGUCGUAACGCGUGUCAACGACGUGUUGGAUGCCAUAACUGACGUGCAGCGCACCGAUGCGCGCGAUCAUGCCCUACGGCAGCUUGUCACCAGUGCACUGGAGCUGGCACGCCUUCUCGUGACCCAAAAGGCUGUCUUCCGCGUAAUUAUGCCGUCCAUCGUGCCGCACCAGCAGGUCCUUUUUGAUGCAGCUACCAUGGAGGACAUUGGGGGCGAGGAGGACGACGACGACGGGCUGUCACAACGAGAGAUUGCGUGUGUGACGUUUCCAGGUAUUAUCAAACGAGGUGACGAGACGGGCAGCCACCUGCAGUACACCAACGUGAUAUGCAAGGCAAGGGUACUGUGUGCUGCAGAAUAG